AUGGAGACAUCAUGCAUAUAUACCGAAGAGAAUCUAUGCGACAGGUCAAGAGAGGCCGUAGCUUACGGCCUGGGAUAUACUGACAAAGCGGAAAUGAUUUCGGAGGACCUUGCCAGAAUCGCAUAUCACAAAGCCCUGGCGUAUCGCAUCGAAUGCAAUGUUUCGGAUACUUUUGACGAGAAUAUCAAAGAAUUCCAUGCUCAAUGUGGACUUCUUAGAUCUAGUCAAAUAGUUCCUUCUCCUGGUACUCCUGCUCAACCCGGUGCUAGAUACCAAGUUAUUCCGGUAACAGCGAAGCGCAACAUGAAGGCCGACCUGGGUCAAGAAUUAUUGGCGACGAAGAUUUUCUCACCUUUGCUUCGUCAAUGCAAGAGAGUGACUUUCCCAGAGAAAGGGUUGCAGAAGCUUGAGACUCCGUUGCUGAUGAUGGGCCUUGAAGUGGGAGAUGAUACGGCAGAUGCUGUAUCGCUACCGUUUGGUUUGGAUUUCACGUUCGGCACCGCCAUCAAGGAUCCAAGAAAUGCAUUCUCAUCGAAGGUUACGUCAUUUGAAGUUGUCCGCCAUGACUUUCAAAUUGAAAAGGGCCAGAAAAUUGGGAUAUGUGUUUGGCGCAACGAGGACCGAAUCACGAAUGAUGUUGAAGGAAGUGCUGGCCAACUGAGCGAAGCCGAACAAAGAAAGUUCUACGGACCGGCCAGAGUUGCCGUGAUUCAAACAGGUGUUGUCACCGCAGUGUAUGGGAGCAAUCGUGAGGUGUUUGCCCACAAUAUCAACACGUAUGAAGGAUGCUCCGGGGCCAUCAUCUUUUUACUAGACAAAGACCAAUCCCCGGAGUCGGUUGGGAGGGAUGACCACGGCAAGGCCAUUGGCGUCCACGCUGCAGGUCACGUGCCUCAUAAUUUGGGGAUGUCAGUAAUUGAAGGAUUCCACAACCCGCCUGACCAUCCACCAGCUCCGUCACCUCCAAGGUACCCCCCUUUGCCCCGAGAAGAACCUGCAUUACCUGGGCAGCUUCCCCCGCCACAACAGCCUCCAGUAAAAGUGCAAGCUGGAGUAACUGGCAGGGGAGUUACUAGAGAGGAACGAUUUGUCAAAAACAUCCUAAUGGAUCUAUACCAGAAUGACGAGUUCCGGAGACUCAACACCGAUCCCUCUUUGGAAAAUUUGCAUAAACAUGUCAAUCACAAAUUUUUCAGUGCUGAUAGAAGGAACAAAGAUAGGCUCAAGGCCGCUUUGCGACUAAUGGAUGCAUUGUGGACUAGAGAAGAAAGACAGAAUGCUAUAUCAAGGAGCUUUAGUUCUGAUCUCGAUGCAGCUACAGUUUUUAAUUCGAUUGAUGAUUGGGCCAAAAGAGCAGCUCACAUUUUGUCGAAUCCAAGUACCCCGAAGCCAUCGAAAAGGAGAAAGUCAGCUCUGCUGGGAUUGGGAAAGGCUAUCCUAGAUGCCAACGCUGAUCGGAGACUUUUGAAUUUCAUUCCGGCCUGGAAUGACUUGCCCAAUCCAAAUUUGAGGACCCUCAGGGACUAUGUUUCGGAGCAAGAGGUUGCUAUAAAAAUUAGGAACAAACAAGGAACUAGAUAG